ACGAGGGUGGAGCAGAUUACCCAGGCUGCCUCUCGCGGUACCGGCUCUGUUCAGCCAUGGCGUCCAUGGAAGGUGCUCUCAAUGUAUUCGGCCAGAGACACUCAGGGGAGUCGGUGCGGACACAAAACGUGAUGGCAGCAGCCUCCAUUGCAAACAUUGUGAAAAGCUCCUUGGGACCAGUUGGUUUGGAUAAGAUGUUGGUGGAUGAUAUUGGUGAUGUCACCAUUACAAAUGAUGGGGCAACUAUUCUGAAGCUGCUUGAGGUGGAGCAUCCUGCUGCCAAGGUCUUAUGUGAACUGGCUGAACUUCAGGACAGAGAAGUAGGAGAUGGUACCACUUCAGUUGUGAUCAUUGCUGCAGAAUUGCUGAAAGGUGCAGAUGAAUUAGCCAAACAGAAAAUCCACCCAACCUCAAUUAUUGGUGGUUAUCGUCUUGCCUGCAAGUGA